AUGCUCAACUGGUGGCUGAUUGUUCUGAUCAUCCUGGUGUCGCUGAUCUGCAUCGGCCUCACCGUCUACAUCAUCAUCUACUUUCAGUCAGAGGAGGACUCGGGCUGGGACUAUGUGCCGAAGGCCGUCGCAGGUCUUGGACUCAUUCUGGCUCUGGGCAGCGUCUUCCUCGUUCCCUUCGAUGUGGCCAACUCGCCAGACCCUACUCUGGUGAACAAGUACAACCAAACGAUCAAUACUCCACUGAUGUGGAAAAUUGUGCUGUGGAUGAUGGCUGCCAUGGCGGUCGUGAUAUGCCCCUUCUUCAUGUUUUUCUAUGAGGCGUAUGACCCAGACAAACCGCGCAUUGGAAUGCAGAUCGCGCACGGCUUCAUCUCCACCCUUAUCAUCGUCGCCCUGUUCGCCCUUAUCGUCGGCCUCUGCUACUACUACAAGGGCUUCGCGGACAUUACAUUUCAGACCUACAAGGGUAUGCCGCAGAUGGUCUUACCCAACAGCACUGCCAUCAGCUACGUGGGCGAGUCGACCAAAUCAACCAUCACCAUCGCUGUCAGCAUCUACACGUACUGCAUCGGCAUGCUCUGCUUCUUUGGGUGGAUCUUCUUCUUCUUCUACGGCGGUGCCGGCCUCAUUGCGUACCCCAUUGGCCUCAUUCGCGGCUUCAAGUCGCGCACCAAGGCCAUUAGCGCGAGCCUGUUUGCAGAGGAGAUGGCCAUUGUUCUGGCCAAGGCGGACGUAAUGCUGGCGAUGUGCAUGGAGCUGCAGCGUGAAAGCCGCGGCAAAAUGGCGCGCUCCACGAAGAACAAGAUCAAUAUCAUGCGCAACGAGGUGUACUUCCUGGAAGCACGGCAGGAUCAGCUCAUCUGGGCAUACACGAAUGCCGGUGGCUCGCCCUUCAUUGUGUAUGGAAAGUUGGCGUUAGGGAUCCUGUGCCUCGCCACAGCGAUGAUGUGGUGUUUGCAGAUUUUUGUCUACAACACCUUCAACGCAGACCCGCUUCUCAACACGUUGCUGAUUCGCCUGAACGACGCCUUCGCGUUGUGCGGGGUAUGCGCCUACGGCAUCUUUGUCUUUUACCUCAUGUGGUCCACGUUCCAGGGGCAGAUAGCACUGGGCCUGCGCCUCGUCUUUUUUCAGAUCCAUCCAAUGAAGAAGCAUGACACCCUCGUGAACGCCUUUCUGUUCAACGUGAGCCUUCUCCUGAUCACCUCCUACGCGGUCAUCUUCUUUGCCGUCCAAUCCUUCCAGGACUACGCCACUCUGACCGCCAUCAACGGCCUUCUCAACGUCUUCGUGAUGCAUCUGCGCGGCAUUGGUGUGUUUAUUAGGUGGGCGCAGUUUUGCUUAUUGGGCAUGUCGUUGGUGGCGCUGAUAUGGGCGGCGGUGGCCCCGUAUAAGAAGCGUCGUGAUCCAACCAAGAUGCGCCUCGACGAUUUGGGCUAA